GAACAAUCAUGGCGGCGCGGGUGCCUAAUACGUCAUUUCUAGUCAUGUGACUGAAGGAAGGCUGGGUGACGUCAGAGCCCGCGUGGUGCUGCUGCUGCCUCCAGGCUGCUCCAGACAUGGAGGAGAAGGUCCUCAGGUACGAGGCCUUCCUGACGGACACUCUGCAGAGAGACCUGAGGCGAGUGCUGGAGAACCGUGACCGUGUGUAUGAGAAGAUCAGCCAGUACCUGCAGCUGAAGAACGUCAUUGAGAAGCUGCAGGAGUUGGAGUCGGGACCUCUCCAGACACAGGUCGACUUGGGCUGCAAUUUCUAUGUGAAUGCUGAGGUCCCUGACUCCUCCAAGAUAUUUGUGGCUUUAGGAUUUGGAUUUUUUUCUGAGCUGACUCUGGAUGAAGCUCUCAGGUUUAUCGAGAAGAAGAACAAAAUGCUGACGGAAAUUAGUGAGAAGCUGACCACAGAUGCUGCAAACAUAAAGGCCCAUAUCAGACUGGUUCUAGAGGGUCUGCGGGAAUUACAAGAUCUGCCUAAUGAGCCAGUAAAUCAGUGAUAGUAUCCCAGAAGACAGAGGACUCUUCCUGCACCCACCUUGUAUGGGACACAGAGGUGACAGAGACAUAGAAGUGUGAGCACAUGCACAGGUCCGGUACUAGUGCCGGCGUCCAGUUCAGAGCGCAGGAAUAAAGGACUGUUAUAAAUAAUUGUGAAUAAACUUUAUCAGUUCUGUGCAGACGUU